AUGGAAGCUUCAGCUCCAUUAUCAAACAUACCUAAUGACAUCAUUCGACAUAUACUUUUGCAGUUGCCAAUGAAGUUUGUCAUCCGGUGCCAGUGCUUAUGUAAACAGUGGCGUUCAUUGAUAGACGACUCAGAUUUCAAGCUCUCGUAUCGUGGACAACGACGAGUGGUCUUCCUCUCUCACGAAUAUCGAUUGUGUUCUUGUAACGGGUUUGUUCUUUUGGUGGGUGAGAGAGAUAUUUGGUUGUGGAACCCGACCACCAGGUGUUUGAGGAAAGUGCUCAAGUCUCCAUAUCGGGAGAAGUCAAACCCGACGGCCAUCACUGCAGCAGGGUUAUGCUAUGACUCCUACACUAGAGAUUACAAGGUCGUCUUAUUACUUCAUAGCUUAAUUUCUAUCGAUCCAUUUGUCAUUUGUGCCAGCUUCAUCCACAAAGAGUGGCGACCAGUGCAGUUCCCUUGUUACUUAGAUUCUGCUAAAGGCGGCAUUGAGUUUCGCAAUACAUUUUAUUGGUGGGCUGCAAGUGACAUCAAAGAUUGCGAUUGGAUUAGGGAUCACUUUUCGGUAGUAGCUGGCAGAAAUAGGAUCAUAUAUUUUGAUCCAGCCCAUGAUGAAUUCAGAAUCUUGCCUACUUCCGAUCUGUGGCACCAAAGAAAAAAUCGGAUAGUCGGGUUGAGAGUUAUAGAUAAGUGUUUAUGCAUGGCGUCAUUCAUGGUUCAGGAAGAGGAAGAACCCAAAAUAAAAACGAUACAAGUAUGGAUUAUGAAGGAAUAUGGCAGACAAGAAUCAUGGAUGACUGCUUUUACUAUCCAAAUGCCUCACCUUGGAGAUAUUAAUGGGAGAUACGGCAUAACAUUCUAUUCUCAAAAUAAGAAUGCACACGAAGUAUUAUUCCUGUUUCUUGCGGGUUGGUGUGGAAAACAAACAUAUGUUUAUGAUCGGAAAAAAAAUAAAUUGAAGGAAGAUCUGAUCGACUUCCUAACCUCAGGUCAUAGAUUCUAUGUUAGAGGGUGUUUCUAUGUUGAGAGUUUUGCGUGCCCCGACCGGCCACAAUAUAAUGGAUUGAUUUGGAGAGGUGAUGAUGAUAAGCCCAGCACCAACACCUAG